AUGUUUCGUGACGAGACCCGUAAGACAGCACAUAAGGCAUCCACGAAGACUUCCAAGCAAAGAAACAGCAAAAAUGCCAGCCCGAGUACUUCUACAAACUUAACUAACAGUAUUGCAUCGACCAAAUUAAUUACCCUAGCCUCGUCAAAUACCCCAGAGGAGGUCUCACGAAGUCUCUCCAUCAGUCUGAAUCAGCAGGCCAUCUGCUUCUUUCUGCAUAACUACGUUGUACCUUGCAUUCCAACUUCCGGACGAGUUGGAUAUCUACAUAGCCUUCAAUCUACGACGUCAGAUGCAGUACUUGCAUGUAUGGCCUCUGUCGGGAUGGCAACGCUAGCAAACAUAAAUUACUCCGCAGAUCUGCGUAUUGCGGCGCGGGAGCAAUACGGCCAUGCGCUUUCUUUGACGAAUGCCAUGUUGCGAGACCCUGCCAAGGCAAGGCAGCCAGCAGCCCUUGAUACAGUCAUGUUGCUGGGCAUGUUUGAGGUCGUUACAUGUCGAAGUAAUCGAUCCCUCAGCAGCUGGAGAAGUCAUCAUGAGGGAGCCCUUGCUCUGCUAAAAAUAAAUUCCAAGCCAGGUCCAGAAGACAUUAUCAAUUUUCGGAUGUUUGUACAGGCUCGUGGCCAAAUUCUUUCCAGCUGCCUAUUGACUUCGUCGCGAGCACCCCCAUUUCUUCAAGGUGUACCACGGGAGCAGCAAGGCUGCCUGCCCAAAUCUGAAGGUCUCCUUGAAGAUGUGACAACACUGUUGGUCAAACUAUGCAAUUUACGCGCCGAAAUUGAAAACCGCAGCCUAGUGCUGCCGGAAGAUAUUAUACCCCAAGCCUUCGCUCAGGAAAAAGACUUUACUGCUCUUUACAAUGAACUUUGGGAAUUCUACCCUUACAAAACACUUGCUGUUAUCGAUCGAGAGACGCCACCGUCGCCGGCAGACGAAGUCUAUGGAAAAUAUUACCACACCUACACAGAUUACUUUGUCCCUAACAUAUAUAACGCUAUACGCGGCGCGCGUAUCCUUGUAACGGAAAUUAUUGAAGAGGCUGCUGCCAAGCUCUCACCUUCAUCGCCUCUGUAUGCUCAAUACGACGACUUAUCUCUUCUAAUCGAGCAGAGUCGAGCGGGCGCGCUACAGGCGGCGAUUGACAUAUGUGCCAGCGUGCCCUAUGAUCUAGGAAGCAUCGAAAUGAAAAGACAAGAUGGUGCAGGUAUUGGAAGAAGCGGUAGAGCACUUGGUGGAUACGUUUUACUUUGGCCAUUGUGUCUUGCCGGAGAUCUGCCGUAUGCCCCGACCUCGUUGCGGGACUGGGCAAUCAACAGGUUCGAAUACAUUGGACGUGCUUUGGGAAUCAAACAAGCGAUCUGGAUGGCUGCUCUGUUAAGGAUGGGUGGCAUGCGUGCUCUGCUGACAACAUUGCGUAUCAGUGAUGAGGACUGA